UCAACUUGCUCGCUAUUCAAGUCAUGGACUGCAGCGAGCUGGGGAACCAUUAGGAGCCGGUGGCAAAAAAAAAAAAAAAACCCGCUUUAUUUGGAACACCGGAUGAUGAUGCUGCUGCCACACCAGCCGGAUCGGACACACUCUCCCCGACAAGCGGAAUUAUUACUAAUAGCUUCGCUUAUGUAAUCAAUACACCGAAUUGCUUUUGGGGGGUGGGUGGGGGGAAAUAGCAUCCCGUGGAUCCUUCCCGUUCUAUUUCAUAGAAAAUAUCCUACUGUAUACCAUAUGCUCUGCGAUUUUUAGAGCAGCCUAUGGCAAACCCAUUUGUCCUGAUGCGACGCGUGUGAUGGUUGCAGUGGGACGGAUAUCCUUAAUUUGAUCCAAUAGGCGUUCUCAGGAUUUUUCGUAGGACGCUUCUGCACCCCUUUCUGCGCUGACCUUAACAAUGCUUUAAAUAGGUAGUUAAUUGUCAUAUCUGGCCAUGGUUUUGUUAAUUUUGAGUCAAUGACAAUCGCAAAAAAAAAAAGAUUGACUAGUAAAUCCAAGUGAAUUAGUACACUUCGGUUGUUUAUGUACAAUAUUUUUUGUUGUGAAAUUUGAUUUAGCGAUCUUUCACGGGAGGAAACCACCAGUGGGAGUACAUUUUGGACUGUGACUGGUUUGAGGGAAAGAAGGGCCUAUACAGACUUGAUCCCCCUAUUAAAAACUCUGCAGGAUUGCAUCCUCUUCAGUCCGGAGGAAUAUCUUCAAGUCCAGGGGGUUACUGCUCCUCUGAGGGCUUUCAUCGGCGCUCAUUGCAUCCGAGGGAAUGGUGGCCGCACCGCAGAUCCACGCAACUCUUUCUCAAUGUUUCGCAGGCGAGCAUCUUGACUUGUGAUCGAGAGAGACGCGGACUGCAGCAGCCUCCAAUCCCUUUCACAUGGAGAUUUGUGCCUCGCUCGUACAAAUCUUGAAAACGGGGACCGUGGCCCUGCUGGUUUUUCCUUCACUGUUCUCAACGUCGAUUUCAUUUAUUCGAGAAAAUGCAGAACACGAACAGCAGAUGAACUAUGAAUGCUGAACACAAUGAUUUCUUCCCUCCAGCGCCAGACAAUGAGAGGUCGUAGGCUGAAGGGGGCGCUGUCCAACCCCCUCUUUGUGCUGCUUUUGGCCCUCCAGAUCCUGGUGGUGGCUGGGCUGGUUCGCGCUCAGACCUGUCCUUCUGUCUGCUCAUGCAGCAACCAGUUCAGCAAAGUGAUAUGCACCCGACGCAGUCUGCGGGACGUCCCAGAUGGCAUUUCCACCAACACUCGCUACCUGAACCUCCAGGACAACCUCAUCCAGGUCAUCAAGGUGGACAGUUUCAAACAUCUGCGCCAUCUGGAGAUCCUGCAGCUGAGCAAGAACCACAUCCGCAGCAUUGAAAUUGGCGCCUUUAAUGGACUGGCCAGUCUCAACACCUUGGAGCUCUUUGAUAAUCGGCUCACAACAAUCCCCAAUGGAGCAUUUGAGUACUUGUCUAAGCUGAAGGAAUUGUGGCUAAGGAACAACCCCAUCGAAAGUAUACCAUCUUAUGCCUUCAACCGGGUCCCCUCGCUUCGAAGGCUGGAUCUAGGUGAGCUCAAACGUCUCUCCUACAUUUCUGACGGAGCCUUCAAGGACUUGAGCAACCUGCGCUACCUGAACCUGGGAAUGUGCAACCUCAAGGAGAUCCCCAAUAUCUUACCUUUGGUCAGACUUGAAGAGCUAGAAAUGUCAGGAAACCAGCUCUCGGUUGUCAAGCCCAGCUCCUUUUUAGGUUUAGUGAACCUCCAAAAGCUGUGGAUGAUGCAUGCCCAGAUCCAAACAAUCGAGAGGAAUUCCUUUGAUGAUCUUCAGUCACUGGUCGAGCUCAACCUAGCUCACAACAACCUUACCUUUCUACCACAUGACCUCUUCACACCAUUGCAUCGCCUGGAGCGGGUCCACCUCCAUCACAACCCUUGGAACUGCAACUGUGAUAUCUUGUGGCUCAGCUGGUGGCUGAAGGAGGCAGUACCUGCCAAUACUAGCUGCUGCGCCCGUUGCCAUUCUCCUGCAGUCUUUAAAGGUCGCUACAUUGGGGAAUUGGACCACAGCUAUUUCCAGUGUGAUGUUCCUGUCAUUGUGGAGCCACCCAGUGACUUGAAUGUUACAGAAGGCAUGGGUGCAGAGCUUAAAUGUCGUACCAGCUCGCUGACAUCCAUCAGCUGGCUUACACCAAAUGGCUCUUUGGUGACACAUGGGGCUUAUAAGGUGCGUUUGUCUGUACUUAAUGAUGGGACACUGAACUUCACUAGCGUCACAAUGCAGGACACUGGGACUUACACCUGUAUGGUAAGCAACACAGCAGGCAACAUUUCUGCCUCCGCUGUGCUUAAUGUCACUUCUGUGGAAAACAGCGGAGUGACCUAUUUUACCACAGUCACCGUGGAGACCAUUGAGACUCCGGGGGAUGAUAGCCAAACGCCACUUCCCCCAUUUGGCUGGGUCUCAUCCUCUACAACAAAAGGGACUCCUGUUUCAACACGGACCACAGAGCGGACUUAUACAAUUCCAGUUCUUGAUCUGGAUGGAGAGGGAGCCCUCAAUGGUCUAGAUGAGGUGAUGAAAACCACCAAGAUUAUCAUAGGCUGCUUCGUGGCCAUCACACUUAUGGCUGCAGUUCUGCUGGUUAUUUUCUACAAGAUGAGGAAGCAACAUAACCAGCAGGAUUCUGAUGGCCCUGCCUCCUCCAUGGAGGUCAUUACAGUUGAAGAAGAGCUUGCAGGUGUCGCUGCCAUGGAGAGACACCUAACCCUGCCCCCUCUGGAGCACUACAACCACUACAACACCUACAAGAACACUUACCACCAUGCUCCUAUGCUCAGUACCAUACACAGCUCAACCACACAGGAACCUUUACUGAUUCAAGCCUGCUCAAAAGACAAUGUACAAGAGACCCAAAUCUGAUCUUGAAUUUAAAUAAACAUCCAGUAUCAGCAGUUUCAUACUUGGCAUACAAUGGACCAAAACGUGAAGAUAAAAGAAGUCAAAAUGACACUGACUUGACAGAGUUGACGUUGGUAAAUCAGCAUUUGGCAAAUGGACAACAUAUGAUACUUUAACAAGUGUCUUUACAAAAACAAAGAUUAUUUAUUAAAAGUAUGUCUAGUGGCUAAAUGAUGAAAAACAAUUUGUGAUAGCUUUUUAGCUCAGUUUAUUUCUCUCUCUCUCUCUCUGUGUAACACUGCACAAAGGGAAAGAAUGGUUUUCUUAAAGUGAAUAUGUAAGGUAUGAAAUGCAGCUCAUUGGAAACCGCUGCCAUUGGCCUUAAACUAAACUUAAUGCAAUGCCAUUACUUUAAUAUUUGGAUUUUACCUAAUAAUGUGUUUUGUUGAGGGGAAUUGCUUUAGUAUUUCUACACAUUUAUUUACUAGUUGUUCAGCAUACCAAGUCUAAUUUGGAGGAGGUUUAUGAAGACAAAAAAAAAAAAAUGGUUUAUUUUUAUUGCCAUCAUAUUCUAACUGUCACUCAUCACAAAAUGAGAUCUCUUAAUAACACAGCUCUGGGUGAUAUCACAGUGAAGCCAGCAUGCCUGAGGAGCAAAGCAGUCAAAAAGAGCAGCUGUGCAUUUCCCCUGUGGCUCCUAAACAACAGCCAUACAUCCUUCACUUUAAUUAAGAUUAAGUUCUUGCUCCCACUCCUCCUCCUACCUUUUCUUCACACUUCAACCUUUACUACUUUUCUCCUACUCCUCCUCUCUUCUUCUUCCAUGUCUGAGUUCUCCAUCUUCCCUGUCAAUCCUCUCUCUGCUCUCGCCCCACUCUCAUUUCCUCCAUGUCCUCUUGCUUCUUUGAUUGUCUCUCUGUCACUUAGCUCAGGCACGUUUCUCACCCCUCUCCAUGUCUCAUUUGUCUCGCUUUAUCUGGCGGCAUGUGCUGCACGACGGCAGAAUAUUGCUUGGGAAAAUGAAGGGGAGCAUAAGGAUGCAGUCUGUAGCAUCCCUGUUAACCCAGUAAUGAUCUACGUCCACUCAGUGUCCCGUUACCUUGCCAUCACCCCAGGGUCACACGAGCUUGGGCGCUGAUAGUCCAUCUGUUAUACACAUAAAGAGGCAAAUGAGGCUGCUUUGUAAUGUAGUGUGACCCUGUCAGACGAACGCAGACGGGACUAACAUAGUCAGUGAAGCAGCUAGGAACCUGCAAAAAAAUAAGGGGAAGAUGGGUUAGAUCUCAUUAAUCUGUAUCAGCAAUUCAUUUGCAGACUAACAGAGGAAAGCUGAUAACAAAACAGUGUGAGACUUUUCCACUAUCCCUGUGCCAAACAUCUAACAGAGGGUGGAGGCCUUUGAUAUUGAAGCGACCCCUGCUCAGUCUCAUUUUUGUCACAGAAAAACACACACACUUUGAUGUUGCAUCAUUUAUAGGCCAUCAAAACAUUGUCUCUCCUCUAGUCUGUUUACGCUUUGAUUUUUCAUUUAGUCUUCAAAGAGGAAGGCUUAAGGAAGAGGGAGGUAGGGAUGAAAAGUGAAGAACAGUUGGUGGGGAGGCGGGAGCCGGAGCCACAACAGUCACGAGGGGUCUUCAAACAGAUAUAUUGCAGAUAUGAAGGGAGUGGAGUGAAAAAAUAUAAGGACUAAGGAGGCAAAACUAGCCAUCACACUGUCGCCAUGGAAACAGUGACCUUGUGCAGAAAGUAAGAAGAGGUAGAUAUGCCUGUUGCUUUGGUCCCUGUGCAACAAGCAUAUUUUAAUUUCCAACAGGAGAUUUCACAAAUGUGCCAGAUUAUCGACCAAUUUGACAUAAUGGAAUCUGUAUUUACAAAUGGUUUUGAUGGGAUUUGGACCCACACGUGACGUCACCUUUGCAGGGCAAACACACUAUUUCUGUUAUUUCUAAUGAAAUAUUACUGCAUGAUGUGAAAAUUUCAACAUAACUUUUCAGUAGCUCUACUCGCCUUAUUAAUUUUCCUCUCAGUCAAGACACCUUCCACAGCUUAUAGCCUAAUAAAGCACUGUCACACAAAUGCAUGUGCUUCUCAUCAGUCGGUCUUCUAAAUGUAUUCUUUUAUCCAAUACAAUAAUGGUGGAAGCCAAAUAUACAUUUAAAGACCGGUCGUGUCCGUUGAGGUGGUAGAGACAUUUUAAAGUGUAAGUGAAGAAGGAACAAUUGAGAGCUAUUCAUGCCUUUCAUUGAGAGUGAAUGACGAGAAUAGUACCAUAAAUGGUAACGUCAUAGAGUGAACCAUUCUUUCCCUUUCCACUGUUUUCUUUUUCAAUGCUCAAUUCCUUUUCAACGCUUUCGGUGGCUUAAUGAUUCAAUGUUAAUGCUGGCUACAGUAAAAAAAAAAAAAAAAAGUUUGAGUUUUUUUUUAAUAUAUAUACAGUAUAUAUGUGGAAGAGGGUUGUGAGUUAUCCAGAAUGAAUGGAAUAUCUCUGUAUUGGUAUUUCCUUGAACAGGACGGCUUUAUGUGGAGAGAUAUUUGAAUGCCAGAAUGAAAUUACAGUAAGGCUGACCUGCAGAAUAUUGGACUUGAAAUACCAGCAGAGUGAGCUUGACUUUUGUGCAAAACCCCAAGCCAAGGUGAUCAUAUUCGUGUGUGUUAUUCUGCCAACUGUCUAUGUAUAGGGAGGGUUACUGUAUGUGUGAAUAUUCUCUCUCAUUUUUGGAGAGAAUAAUCAUCAAAUGGUUCAAUUUCUACAAAAAAAAAUAUUUUCAAAAACACAACGCAAAGAAAAGAUCUUCUGAUCAUAAUUUUACAUGUGCUUCAAUUGUUAAAAAAAAAAUCAAAAAAGCAAAACAAAAACAAGAAAAAAAAACAAGAGACUGUGCUUGUAAGGAGUCCAACUAAUUUCUCUGAGGAUGAUGUUCAAUUAUUGAUACCUGAGAUUGUAGUUCAUACUCUACAUGAAUACAAAUAAAAAUUGAAAUUCUUUUUUUCCAAGAGAUUUCAUAGUAUGUAUUAUUCAAAGACAAGUUGUCACCAUUUUGCCUUCAUUGUCCCAUUUGCACAUGAACACGUGUACAGAAAUAUUCAAAGAAAAAGGAUUACUAAGCAGCUCCAAGAAUGCUGAACUGUGAAGAAUGUGCUUUGAAGAAAUGUGCUGUAGCUUAUUUUAUGAGGUCAGAAGAGGGAAGUGGAUCCCUCUCAAAAGAAAAGGAAGUCAUCUUUCUGUACUAUACAUGGGAAGUCCGAUUCUUUUCACUAAUUUGAAUUUCUCCAUCUGUCUGACAGAAUCAUUUGAUUCAUACGGGCAAACCUGAGAAUUUCAUUACCAUUAGCACAAUAUGCUACUCCUGCUCUGUACGCUGAAUCAAUAUGAUGAACAAAGAACCUCACAGAACCUUGGAUCCACUGUCACAGUCCUAAAAAUACAAGCCUACGCUACUGCGGCGUCAGGAUUAUUUCUCAUAUCUCGCGAGCGUGAUAAAAUAUGUCCACGAGCAAAUUACAAAAUUUAACUUGCACAGAUGUUACUCUUCGUGCACCAGUUCAACAAUGGAGAGUUGUCCAGGCAGCUGCGAACGUGAAACAAAACAGAGGGAGAGGGAAAGAAUGGCACCUGCACGUAGGAAACAUAAGCAGCAUGGAGCAGCCACGCGCAGACGAGUGUCUGCUGUGCAGAGUUGUACCGAAACACUGUUUUUCUGUCUUUAUCAACGAUGUAGCUCAGAAAGCACAGUAAAUAGGGAAUGUAUGAGUGUCUCGAUGACAGUUAAGUUUAGGCAACAAAGUCUAAGAAAAAAAUUGUGCCUUGGAUUUAAAAAAAUCCCAAGAAAGCGUUUCCUGGGUAUGUAUUUUGUUUUUGCCAAGAAAUGAACUCGACUCCCCGGCUUUAACGCACCAUGUUUCCUGUUGUGCUAUUUCAUUCUGAGAUUAUAUUUUUAUUGAAUAUUGAAGUGCAUAAAUUAAGUGUUUUGGCAUGGCUGGCCGAGUGGCACUAUAUCCAUGAUAUUUAAAGGGGGAUUUAAUUCUUGCAUGUUUUGUUUUGUUGUGCCCCCCCCCCCGGCCCCUUUUUUUCUUCUUCUACAAAUCACACCCUGGCUGUGAGCCUGGCCAGCCAGUCCGACUAUUCCAGGAAGAGAAUUAAUGAUUCAUGACGGGUGUAUGAUGUACCAUCAACAUUCCUGUGUGAUCACGUUCAACUAAUAACUUAAACAUACCAAAUCUAAGUAUAAUUUGGUAAACUCUAAAUUUAUGUUAUGGAUUAAUCAGAGUGGCUGGCCAGGCAAAACAAUAGCUAUUAGAGAUAAGGGUACGGAACAUUGCGUACAUGUGCAAGGAUUUACAGACAUUACAGCGCCACAUAUAUCCCAACAGCAGAACAGAGGACAGACUUGCAUUCCUUUAUUUACAGUGCUGCCUUGUGCUACAUAGGUAAUGACAGACAGAACGCCUGUCUUUGCUUUUUUUUAACAGUAGUAAGUAAAAUAAUGAAUAAGCUCUUGUUUAAAAUCAAAGCUCUUCUCCCUUUAAUCCUACAGCAAAAAAGUGCAAUUUUAGCAACAUAUGAACUUAGAUGUCUCAAAUAAAUCCAACAAUGAAACCAAGUAACAUUUCAAGUCAUUUUCAGCAGGAAUACAAAAAUUAAAAAAAAAAAAAAAACAGUAUAAAAAUGUUCACUCUCCUUUCCAAGGAAAUUA